ACACAUUCAAAUCACAAACAACAAAACCUUUGAUAAAAAAGAAAAAAAGAAAAACAAAAGUUGACAGUUUCCAUCAUAAGGGAAUUGCUGUAGAUUAAUCACAACACCAACCCAAUAAUACAAAGGAAGUUUCUUUGGCUGUUUCUAGUCAGUCCCUCUCUCGGUUUCAAGAUGGGGGCUUCUCCAUCAGUUCCAGAAAAAUCUAUCCAUGAAUUCACUGUCAAGGAUGCCAGAGGUCAGGAUGUGGACCUCAGUAUCUAUAAAGGAAAAGUUCUUCUUGUCGUUAAUGUGGCCUCCAAAUGUGGAUUUACAGAUACUAAUUAUACCCAGUUAACUGAUCUUUAUAACAAGUAUAAGGACCAAGGUUUUGAAGUUUUGGCAUUUCCAUGCAAUCAAUUCCUGAAACAAGAGCCUGGAUCAAGCGAAGAAGCACAAGAAUUUGCCUGUACACGAUACAAGGCUGAAUAUCCUAUUUUCCAAAAGGUUCGAGUCAAUGGGGCAAAUACAGCGCCUGUUUACAAGUUCCUCAAGGCAAGCAAAUUUGGAUUUAUGGGGUCUGGCAUAAAAUGGAAUUUUACGAAGUUUCUAGUCAGUAAGGAUGGGCAAGUCAUCAACCGAUAUGGACCAACCACCAGUCCUUUGUCCAUUGAGGAUGAAAUCAAGAAAGCCCUGGAAAAAUAGUCGUGGGAAAAUAUGCCAUGAACAAAUUCAAUAAAGGACACAGGGUGUACAGCGUUUGAAUGGUUAAGCAACUUUGGUUUUGAGUUAGUAUUAUAUAUCAGGAUUGAUGAACUUCCACGUUUUUGUAUGAGUUUGUUUAUAGGUUAGAAAAUAAAAAUCUGAAAAAGAUUAGAGCAAAAUGUAUAAUUCAGUUGGUGUAGAUAGUUUGUUUGCUACUAAGUUGCUAGUAUGGAGUGUUGUAAACCUUGAAACUUUCAGUUAUCUUUAUUAGUUGAUAUUUAAUUGAUUUGAAUUGUAGAAUGA